UCUCCUUGACAAACGGGAUAACAUAGGAGACGCGAGACUUGCGUUUCCUCUAUUUAUUUCUCUCUCUCAUUCUCUCUCGUUUCACUUCUCACUUAAUGGACUCUCUUGCUCUCUUCUGUACCGGGGCUCUCCUAGCUGGUGGUCUCUUCUGGUUCGUUUGUAUAUUAGGCCCUGCUGAACAAAAGGGCAAACGAGCUGUCGAUCUAUCGGGAGGCUCGAUCUCAGCCGAGAAAGUCCAAGACAAUUACAAGCAAUACUGGUCUUUCUUCCGCCGCCCCAAAGAGAUCGAGACCGCCGAGAAAGUUCCGGAUUUUGUGGAUACUUUUUAUAACUUAGUCACCGACAUUUACGAAUGGGGAUGGGGUCAGUCCUUUCACUUCUCUCCCUCCAUCCCUGGCAAGUCGCACCGUGAUGCCACGCGCAUCCACGAAGAGAUGGCCGUUGAUCUCAUCGAUGUCAAGCCAGGACAGCGUAUCCUGGACGUUGGAUGCGGCGUUGGUGGGCCCAUGCGUGCCAUCGCCGCCCACUCGCGGGCUAAAGUGGUGGGCAUCACAAUCAAUGACUACCAGGUGAAUCGCGCUCGUUUACAUAACAAGAAAGCGGGUUUAGAUUCGCUUUGUGAGGUUGUUUGUGGAAACUUUCUUGAGAUGCCUUUCCCUGACAACAGCUUUGACGGCGCGUACUCCAUCGAAGCAACAUGUCACGCGCCGAAGCUUGAAGAUGUAUAUGCGGAGGUGUUUAGGGUUUUGAAACCUGGAUCUCUCUACGUGUCGUACGAGUGGGUUACAACUGACAAGUACAGAGGAGACAACGCUGAACACGUGGAGAUCAUUCAAGGGAUUGAAAGAGGAGAUGCUUUGCCUGGGCUUAGAAGCUACGGUGAUAUUGCCGAGACAGCAAAAAAGGUUGGGUUUGAAGUGGUGAAGGAGAAGGAUCUGGCUAAACCACCAGCUCAGCCAUGGUGGACCAGACUGAAGAUGGGUAGGAUCGCUUACUGGAGGAAUCACAUUGUGGUUACAAUACUUGCUGCAUUGGGGAUUGCACCAAAAGGAACAGUUGAUGUUCAUGAGAUGCUUUUUAAGACGGCUGACUAUUUGACCAGAGGUGGUGAUACUGGAAUUUUCACUCCGAUGCACAUGAUUCUCCUCAGAAAACCUGAGGCUCCAAAAUCUUCAUCUUAGCUGAACCAACCCACCCAAGCCUAGGCCAAUGUUUUGAGGUGUGUUUUGGAGUAUCUCUAUUCCACCUCUAGUUAAUUUAGUUGUUUUUUCUAGGUUUUUGAUUUUCCUGUUAAUUUACUUAUUAUCAUCACCAUGUAUCCUUUUCUUUUUAAAUUUUAUUUAAAUUGGGUUGUUGGAUUUU